GAUAAAUGAGCUGGCCGGGUGGCCCGACAUUUAUUUCGACCUAACAUCAGCUGUGAAUAGCUCAGCGACUUUCGGAUUAUAUUUUCGACAAGUGAAUAGUACUUUUUAUUCAGAGAUUUCGGAGUGUUUAUUGUGACGUCAUGUUUCGAUAACGGGCUUGUAUUUGUUUGUACCUACACUUUUUGCAGGCUGUUCAAGUGUUCAUAUUUAUUCCUUCAGGCUCAGAAAGCAAAGGAGUAGUGACAACAUAAAUGACAAGAGUGAAAGACAACGACUCCGAGGCUGUGAACCUCGUGAGUCCAGAGGACGUGGAGAAAUGUCAAAGCAAAACAGACAACAAAAAGGCAGAAACGCCAGCGCUGCCCCUGCCUCAAGCUGAGGUCAAGGACAAAAGAGUCAGUGAGCCAGGACCCACCAAGCGUCCAGUUAGUAGGCAACUUGACCUCAGCAAGGCAGAUGUGGCCAAACUGAAAGAGCUGGGAUUUCCUGUAAGACUUCUUUUUGAGGAAUUCAUUGAAAGGUACAAGUUGAUUGUGUUCUCUGCUACGGCAGACAUCGAGCCCACAGCUGACCACUGCCGACUGAUCGCCAGGAGGGCAGGGCUCAGGGAGUUUGAGAUCGGGGAGAGUAAGAUUUUACUCAGCUAUGCAGAUACAGCUAAACUGAACCAACACAGAAAAGACGUAGAACGCAAAAUCAUCCUUACACAGGCUUUCGUUAGAGGGUAUCUCGUUCGAAGCCGAAGUCGUAAAGAGGAAGAAGAGAAAAGAAGAGCCCUUCAAUCCAAGCGAAAAUCCUCCUCCGAUCUGUUAGGGAUGUCGAGGAAACACUUCGACAAGCUGGGGGACCAUUCCCCAACGUCCACUAUCUCAGCUAGAAGUGGCAACAGCCAAUCCAGGGGCGAGUUGAGACGGCAAAAGGAAAUGCUGGAGGCUCACGCUUUCAACGCUCUGAAGAAGAACAGCAAGGGAUAUAAUGAUGAGCUGAAGAAAGCUUUACACAGACUGCAUGCUGAGCCAGAUCUGAAGAUCAUCAACGCCUUCAACCAAGACCCUUCAAACAACUACAACCAGCAGAACAAUCUAGGCUCCUCCUACAGGGGUGCCUACGACAGCGAUGGCGCCCUAACGGAUAUGUCAACAGGCCGCAAGUCACAUAGCAGCUUCCAGCAGCUCACAAGGAUCUGCGUGGCAAAACACGUACUCCCUGUCCGACAUGUCCUGGGAGAUUCCACUCUCUUUGCUGCUCAUCUCGGUGAAAUGGUGGGAGAACUUCUGCGACAACGACUUGCGAAUUGGCUGCCUGUAUGUGCCUAUCAAACAAUUCAAGGAUGCCCUCCAUCGAUGCAGAACCAAAUGCUACAUCUUGGUCAGUUUAUGCAAGAUUGGCGUCAUCUUUGGUCUGGCAUUCCUCUUGGUACCCGACCUGGCACACUUUCAGGAUGCUUUUGGUGACGUCAUCAACAGACCACCUACCCGCCAAGCUAACAAUCUGACCAAACCUGUCGUCAUAAUGCCACCUCAACUGAAUGUCACCAUGUCACCCCUGGCCGACUUGAAUCCCCUUCAAAUGGGUCCGCAAAGACAACCGGGAAUUUCUGCCCAACCGGGUGUUUCCAGCAAUUACGACCCUGAAACUGCCUUCGAAAGCGUGGAAGUGCUGAGAUGCUACCAAACGAAUACCACCGCUGACGGAAAGAACGUCACUGUUUGCGACUUCUUGUACACAUAUCGAUGGGGGCAAUGGGAGACCUACCUACCUCUCAUAGUUCAAAUCGCGAGUUCAGGACUGUGUUAUUACUUCGCAAGGCUGGCGUGUAAGCUCUGCAUGCAACGGAUUUCUUUCGCCAUACCUCUGAGUUUAGCAACUCCGGUCUCUGUGGCAAUUAUCAUAACGAUGUGUUAUGUUGACAAUAGCCUGUUGGAACUGAUGCCUGGCUUCUUAAAGUGGACUUGUACGGAAGGGAACGGGGAGCGGCGCUGGCUCAUCUGGCACCUUGGGCUGGGCUUUGGCCUGUGGUGGGCCUCCCAGCUGUGGGUCACCCGGUACAUCUGGACACCGAGGGCACCCAGGCUGGCCUUUACAGAGAGGUUGUUCUUGUUACCCCAGUACUGUGGGGUUCUCAUAGAGCAGUCUUUGCUGCUGAAUCGACGAAGGAAUGAUAGAGAACGCAUUCUCAAGGAAUUGGCCUUUUCCGAUGACGUGAGUAUGGACAGCGGCAGUACGGACGCCACUAUCAGACGCCAGAGAGAACACGUUGUGCCCAAGAUCUAUGUGUGCGCUACCAUGUGGCACGAAACUGAACGAGAGAUGAGGCAGCUGCUACAGUCCUUGUUCAGACUAGACAUUGACCAGAGUGCCAGAAGGAACGCGCAGGAUUAUUUCAAUGUUCAAGACCCGGAUUACUAUGAGUUUGAAGCCAACAUAUUUGUGGAUGACGCUAUGGACUUUAACGAGGAGGGCGAGUGGAUGCCCAACAUGUUCGUGAGACAGCUAGUGGCAGUUGUCGAUGAAGCUGCUAGGCUGAAAAUACGUAUAUCCUGGCUUUGGACGGAGAUGUGAACUUCAAACCUCAUGCGGUGCAACUCCUGGUGGACAGAAUGAGGAAGAACAAGAAAGUGGGAGCUGCUUGUGGAAGAAUUCACCCAACCGGAUCAGGCCCUAUGGUGUGGUACCAGAUGUUCGAGUACGCUAUCGGUCAUUGGCUGCAGAAGGCUGCUGAGCACAUGUUGGGCUGUGUCUUGUGUAGCCCCGGGUGUUUCAGUUUGUUCCGUGGAUCCGCUCUGAUGGACGACAAUGUGAUGAGGACCUAUGCUACCCGCUCAUCUGAGGCUCGACACUACUUGCAGUACGAUCAGGGCGAAGACCGUUGGCUGUCCACCCUACUUCUUCAACAAGGAUACAAAGUGGAAUAUUGUGCUGCGUCCGACGCCUUGACUCAUUGCCCCGAAGCCUUCAAAGAGUUCUUCAACCAAAGACGUCGCUGGAUUCCCUCUACCUUGGCCAAUAUCAUGGACCUGCUACAAUCUUUCCGACCAACUGUGCGAGCCAACGAUAACAUCUCUUACCUGUACAUGGCAUACCAGGGUCUCCUGAUGCUCUCUACAGUUCUGGGCCCGGCGACAAUCAUGCUUAUGAUGGCUGGUGCCAUCAACCCAGUGUUGAGCAUCAGUCUGUGGCAGUCAUAUAUGCUGGUUGUUGGACCCGUCGCUCUGUACCUCAUCCUGUGCUUCAUCACCAAGUCGGAGACUCAACUGAACAUAGCAGCCGUGCUGAGUGCGAUUUACUCACUACUCAUGAUGGCCGUGGUGGUCGGAACAGUUGUUCAGGUGGCUGAGGACUCCAUUGUCAGUCCCAACGCCAUUUUCUUGUUCAUGCUGAUUGCGAUUUUCAUCACGUCUGCCGCUUUCCAUCCUCAGGAGUUUUUGUGUCUGUUACCCGGAGCGUUGUACAUGUUGGCCUUACCCUCUGCUUAUGUGUUGCUGAUGAUCUACGCUAUGUGUAACCUGAACGUCGUGUCGUGGGGAACCAGAGAAACGUCUGCUCUCGAGAGAAAGGCCCAGCUACGGCAGAGACUGACGCCUAAAAACAGCGGAGGUUUUUAUGCUUGGAUACACAGACAAGAAGAAGAGAGCGCUUGUUGUGGGCGGUUCUUCCGGAGUAUCAGGCGUUUUUGUGGAUCUGGAGGUCAAGAUAUCAACACAGAGAUUCUUAGGCAGGUCAUUGAGAAGCUGGACAAAGUUGAAGCUGGGAUGAGAACUGUCACCACAGGAGGGACCUCAGCAUUUGUUCACAACAGAAAGAGAUCGUCAUCCAGGUCCAGGCACUCUAAGAAAUCCUCCAAGUCCCACAUCAAAGACAUUGAAGAGGAAGCAGACAAUGGAGAUGCCAGCUCUUCAAUGUCAGAGAGUUUGUCAGAGGAAGAGAUGUACCUUGAAGAAGAUAGAGAUGAGCUGAUUAACCCCAAAUGGUUGGACGACUCUUGCUUGAAGACUGGCGGUGUGCAGUACCUACCCAUGAGAGAGAUUGAGUUCUGGCAAAGAUGUAUCGCUAAAUAUCUGCACCCGAUCAACCCAGACAAAGCAGUUGAGGCUAAAAUCACCGUGGACUUGAAAUCUAUGAGAAACAACGUCGCCUUUGCCUUUUUCAUGAUGAAUGCUUUCUGGAUGGUAAUUAUCUUCAUGUUGACAAGAGUCAAAGACAGGAUCAGUCUCAAGAUUCCCAAAUUCGGCGGAGGUGAACUGUCUGUUGAGCCUUUGGGUCUGAUUUUCUUGAGUGUCUUUGCCUUCAUCCUCUUGCUGCAGUUUGCUGCUAUGUUGAGGCACAGAUACGGAACUCUGCUGCAUAUCUUAGCAUCCACUGAGCUCAGGGUGGAUAAGAAGAAGUUCAACCAGAAGCAGGCGAUCAGAGAUAUCGUAGAGUAUGCUAUGAGGAUGCAAAAGCUCACAGGUUUUGACGAGGAUCUUACAGAUCCAGAUUACGAGUACAUGAGCUCGUCAGAAAGCAGACCCACGAGCAAUAUGCCGAGCAAUAUGCAUUCGUCGUCCAUAAACUGCAUGUCAUCCAGAUCUCUUGGCAUGGAGGAUAGUGACGUACCCAUACAGCCGGUCAGCGAGUCGCCGUACUCUCUCAUGCUGGACAACCCUGCGUUCACGGGAGAUAAUGCUUCGACACCCAAACCUUCAGGUUCACAGUCAGCUGAUGAGGCCCUAAAGGGAGACGAUGAUGAGAAAACCCCGCAACCCAAAAAGAAAGGAAAGAGCUCUAAGCUAGGCCGGAGCAAAUCUACCAUGGUGGAUAAAAAUAAUACCUUGAGGCGCCAGUUCGAGAAAAGAUACAAGAGAAUGUUGCGUAACCAUUCUGCAGAGACUGGUGCAGACCCAGACUUCGACCCCUUUGUCAGUAGAUCUCUGCGCGAGACCAGAAGACCUAGAAAGCGGGAAUCAAUGGAAGAAGUCGUUGCCAGAUUCAACAAUUUCAACAGAUGACCAGUUAAACAAUUAGGGUGAUUUAGCCUUCACUUGACCCCCAGUUGCACAAGCAAAAGCUCAGAUGCCUGUUCAAGAAAUUUUAUUUAAAUUUUGAUAUUUUAUUUUUUCCAUAAAGGCUGCACAUUGGCAAACAAAAAUACUUAUCGCAACUGCACCCACAGUAUGAACAUGAUGUUAAAUGUCAUCAGUAAUCUGCUCUCAGAUGCCCAGUAGCUUCAUAAAACACGAUUGCCAUAAAUUGCAUCCCUUGUUCAUUUCAAGAAUUCUCCAUCUGAGUCAUGUUUUACCCAUUGGGCAAAACUGAGGUUUGGACUCUCGGUCCCUGGAUUUCAAGUAGGUGCAAUAAUAACGUCGAUGCGAUUGACAGUACGGGGAAUUCAUAAAAAGGUUCAAAGCAAAACGUUAAUUUGACUCAUUUGAGUAGUUUUCUUUCUGCAGCAAUCGUCUGAAAAAAAGCCUCCCGCGACAUGAGAAAACAACCGAAUGAGUUGUAAUUUCACUUAAUAUGAGAUUGGAUGAAAAGUCUCUAGUGUCGCCUGUUACUGUUUGGUCUAACUGCCUAAACCACAAGUGGAUACUGAAAUCCAGUGUUGUUCUCGCAGGAUCUAAGUUACAAAACCUGUGAGGAAUGGUUACCAAAUAUCUUGUUUAAAAUGUUUCUGAUGAAUAUUGAACCUUUGAUAGACACCCAUUAUGCUAUGAAUAUUUUUUUUCUAUGUUGCCAAAAGUGAACAUCUGUUGAAGAAACAGUCUUCAAUUUAAAGCAAAAAAGUAAGCCUUCAAAGUUUGCUUUUUUGUUUAUGGCGUACCUUUUGGAGUUUUUGUGCCUGCAAUAUCUGUUGACUUUUGUAAUUUCAUGUCGUACUGCUGGUUUGAAUUGAAAAUUGCAAAGACUGAAGUGUGAAAGAAAAAAGUGUGGAUGAUUAUGUGAAGGAGCUGUAAGACGAGUAAACAGUUUGUCAGAAAUACGAGAAACAAUGAAUGUGUGAUAAGAGAGAAUGAACCAUGUAGGACAAGACGAGGAUGAGAAAUGUAUUUCUAGAAUGUCUGUGUUUGGGAGCGACAGUGAGAGAGAGACAGAGAGAGAGAGAGAGAGAGAGAGAGAGAGAGAGAGAGAGAGAGAGAGAGAGAGAGAGAGAGGUGAUUUUCCGGUGCAGACUCGCACUACAUGUAGUAGUAUUUGUAUGAUUGUUCUAUGGAUUAACGGAAUUUCUAUUUCUGACACAGCAGCGUGCCAUGUUUUAUUAGAAUGAUUGCGCGUUGAAAAGAGGGUUCUUCGAUUUGAAAUGCUAUCAAGCAGCUUGGUUUCAAAACUAUAUUUAUCAAACGCAAUAAACGCUCAAAAAAGACGAGAGAGCUUUACUAGUUAUGAUAUUCAAUAUAUAAUGGAACUGGGGGUCCUUUAGGAAUGCAGCUUCUGACAAAUUGAAUUAGAAAUAUAACUAUCAUGAAGAAAAUGUGUAUUUAUUUUAUUCCCUUUGUUACUUCAACGCACAAAAAAGAAUCUGCUAUCUGAAUGUUGAGCUUUGUUAUCAAAGUUGCGACGUUACAAAAGAAGUUAACCGUUGAAGGAAAAUAAUAUUCUCUGCGUUAAUUUGUAUACACUAACUUCUACAUACUCAGUUUUUCAUCGACCGCCAUCUUUGUCUAAGAUGUGUCGAAAAAUCGAUGUAAAAGAUUAUCCUACUUUUUCUUUUUAUCCAUCAAUGUUCUACAUACUCACUUAUCCCUUCUACUCUGUAUCAAGGGACUUGAAGCUCUCUAUUUUGGUCGCUUCUGUCUAAUUUUUCAUUGGUGCUCCUCUCUCAAAUGUCUCGAUUGAACUGUUUACUAUCGGUUUUAUCUUUUGAUAUUAACACUCAACUUUGUUGAUGUCAGAUGUACUUAACUUUUCCAUUCUAUUUAAUUUUGUCAUGGCUACGCAUUUGUGAUUUGUUUGGUUUGUUUUCCCGUCUUUUUUAAUUGUAAAUAUUGGUGAGAACGAAUGUUGAUGAUCUGACAGUAAAGAGAGAUACUGUAGUGUGUUUUGUUGUGAGGAUUUUUUCUGUUGUUGUUUAUUUUGCAUUUUGAAUAAUAUGUCAUUCCUUUGGGAAAACAUGUGGUUGUGUUGUAUGAUGUUAUCAAAUUCUACCUUGAUGACAUUUUUUUUUCAGGUGAAUGUAAGGACAGUUGAUAGGCAAUCUCAUUAUUUUUCUUUUCAUGUUACAGCGUCUACGGUUGUUGUUGUUUUUUUUUCUUGUGAAGAAUGUUUUAGCUUUAUGUUUCACUUCUGUUGCUACUGGUGUAGGCCUAUUCUUUUUUUAAAUUCUUUUUAAAGUAAUAAUUCUCUUCUUGCGUUUCUCAUUGGUGAGUCCAUUUGUUUCUGUUACUAGGUUUAAGGGGAUUUGAUUCAUGUAUGUCUGAUUUGUGAUUUAGUAGAAACAGAUUGUUUUAUUUUUACUUUAAUGGUUUUUAUGUUUUCUGUUGCUUUUGUGAUUGACAAGUGAAUGCAAGCUAUGUAUAGCAGUAAAUGGUGAAACCGUGAAUGGGAGUGCAAGUCUGUAAAUCAGGCUGGUGUGCAAACGUAUGAUAAGUGUCUGAUACCAUCUAUGUUUCGCUGCUUUCUAUGUUUCGAAAUCCUAUGAUAAUAUUAUGUAACUGUUAUUUCAAAGGAAAACAACUUCCCCAAGUCUUGUGAUGAUAACACGACAUUCCGUUUAUAGGACGGUUCCUGACAGGUUCAUGUACACCUGACUAAUGUCUUUAUUUCUGUGUACAAUCAAAACUAUCCUCUACUCUGUGUAUGCAACGCACAAUAAAAGUAUUUUGAAUUAAA